AUGUCCAGAACCGGAGCUUUUCGGGACACAAACCUUCGUUCCCUGCUGAGGGAGCUGCGGACCGAUAUUGCUAUGGCUGUAGAUGACCCUUUCCCUCUCGUCCAUGGUAUGGUGGACAAAAACAUCAUCAAUGACCAACUAUUGAAGGACACCCUGGAGAAGGAAGGCAGAGAAGGGAUCCAUAAGGCCAUGCACUCCCUCCUGUCCUGGGUCCUGGAGCAGAGCAGAUCCACCAUCCAGGCUUUCUGGAGCAACUUAUCCAAAGACUACAACCUGGACAGCUACCCCAAGCUGCAGACGCUGCUCACUCACCUGCACUCGAGUGUUCAGGCGGUGUCGUCUUCAGUCCAAAGACCAGUCAUGCUGUCUUCCUCCUUAACUGAGCCGCCAGUCAGCCAUGAAGCCACAGAGGAGAUCCAUAUCAAACAGAUGUUGGGCUCAGAUGGAAGUGCCAGAACAGUUGGCGGAGAGUUUUACUCCUGUGGUCAGACAGAGGAGAUAAAUAUACCAUCCAAGUCCAAAGCUCUUAAUACCAUGUUUCACCACAAGGGGGAGACAACCACAGGCAUGGUUCAAUAUAAUGAUGAUGAGUGUACAGUGUGUAAGGACGGAGGGGAGCUGAUUUGUUGCGAUGGCUGUCCUCGAGCUUUUCAUCUGACCUGCCUGGACCCUCAACUCACAUCGAUACCAAGUGGCACUUGGUGCUGUGAGUGGUGCUGUGGAAACAGAGUGAAAAGAGAGAAUUAUGCCCAAAUACCUUUACCACCCCUCAAUACCCAGCAAACAAACACCAGCUCAAGCAACUCCAUCGUAGACUUCUCCUUCUUCUCCCCGCUCUCAUCCUCGCCUCUCACCAGUGUCACGGCUUCCGUGACUGAGCUCAGAAACCAGUGCUCCCGUGGAGAGCUGCUCAGUCUGAGGGAGGUGUGUGGUGUCUGUCACAUAGAAGGAGGAGACCUGACUCACUGCCUCCAGUGUUUGCAGCGCUUCCACAUUCACUGCCACUUCUCCAAAGGGAGAUCCGUCUGCUCGUCCUGCUCCCGGUCCCGGGGCAGCGCUGAUGAGAAGGAGGCUGAAUCAUUCGGAGGCUUUCAGCUCACCCCAGGGCUUCAAAACUCACUCGUUCAUGAUCAGUACUCCGUCCCUGAGCCCGUCCUCCAUAAAGAAGAACUGGACUCCAUCCUGGGAGACGGCUCCCUUGACGGCAUCUUGCAGUGGGCUUUCCACGACAUCUCUCGGCCUCUUCCAGACUAUCAAGGAUGCUACAAGUGACAGACAGACAAUCAGAUCUCUCGCAGUUUGAAAUGAUGCUG